GAGGCUACACUUGCCUCCCGCCGAGUCCGCCGCCGGUGAUGCCGCUGCACCGGUUCCCGGUGUCCCUGUGGCCGCGACUGCGGCUGCGCGAGGGCCUGGGCUCCCGCCUGCCCGCGCACUACCUGCGAUCGCUGGACGAUGAGCACAGGCCGCCCGUCCCCGUUCACUACCGGCCGCACGGGGCCCGCUACAAGGUCAACCCCCGGAACGGGCAGCGCGAGCGCGUGCAGGACGUGCCCAUCCCGCUGUACUUCCCCCCGGAGGCCCAGCAAGGGCUGUGGGGCGGCGAGGGCUGGAUCGUGGGUCAUCGGUACGCCAACAACGACAAGAUGUCCAGGAAGGUGAAGAAGGUGUGGAAGCCGCAGCUGUUCCAGCGGGAGCUCUACAGUGAGAUCCUGGACCAUACCUUCACUGUGACUGUUACGGCGCGGACCCUGGACCUCAUCGACGAGGCCUUUGGAUUUGACUUCUACAUUCUCAAGACUCCCAAGCAGGACCUAUGCUCCAAGUUUGGGAUGGAUCUGAAGCGAGGGAUGCUGCUGCGACUCGCCCGCCAGGACCCCCAGCUGCACCCCGAUGAUCCUACCAGGAGGGCUGCCAUUUACAAUAAGUACAAGGACUUUGUGAUCCCCGAGGAAGAGGCAGAGUGGGUCGGGUUGACACUGACGGAGGCCUUGGAGAAGCAACGGCUGCUAGAAGAGAAGGCCCCCGUCCCACUGUUCAAGGUCUACGCAGAGGAGCUGGUCCGGCAGCUUCAGGAGCAGGCACUGUCAGAACCAGCGCUGGUGCCAAAGAAGACCGGGAAGUGAUAGAGAGACUUCCCACUCCAGACAGGAGCAACUCUCCUACAUGUUGGCCACCGGUCUGUGCCCAGUUUGGCAAUACUUGAUGCGGACCCCCACAAUAUCACUGUCUAGGCUGGGAGUGAAGCUGAACUGGCCUGGCCAUGUGUCGGCUUUACUCUCCAGCCCUGGGACCUGGACCAGCAGAGAUAUAGGUCAUGAUAGCUGGCCACUGGGAUCAGGGCCACUUCGGUGUUGUCUUCAGGACAGUUUGGUUUCUUGCAGUGGGGCAGGAUGAUGCUCUGCCCAUCAUUGCACUUGCCUGUUCUAGAAAAUUGUCCCAUGCUAAGUGGCUGUGGCCAGGCCCCAGAAGUGGCAUUUCUGUCUGUCACAUGCUCUGUCCAGACACUGGCAUCUGCCACACCUGGACAUUCUGGGGCCUGGAUCCCCCACAGCCUUCCCUGCCCCCUAUGGGGGCUCCCUGACUAUCUGGAAUCCUCACACUGAGACUCUUCUGACCACCUCCCCCAAGCCCCCAAGGGCUGGGAAGGGCUUCUCUGGACAGUUCCUGGGGCCACAGAAACAACAGUUCUUUUAUUGUUUUUGGAUUUUUGGUUUUUGGGCCACACCUGGUGACACUCAGGGGUUAUUCCUGGCUAUGCGCUCAGAAAUCGUUCCUGGCUUGGGGGAAUCAC